UGCUCAUCGCCUCCUCUGGGGAAGGUGAGCAGCUGCAGCAGCUCGUGUUGUUGUGAUUAAAGGAGUUACACAUCAGACUUUGAACUCGGCAACGUCGGAGGUCGACUAAAUAAGAAAGCACCCGCCAGUUGAAGCGAGUGGGUAUCCAGGAAUUCGGAUGAUGGAGAGUGGGGAUGACAGUGACCUCCGGUCUCGCUGCCGAGCCAUUCAUAAGUUGCCCACAGUCCCUGAUUUCGAUAGCUCUUUGGAUGGGGAAUGUAACCAGGGAGAACACCAGCAAGGCAGUGGAGACAACCACAUUACCAGCAAUGGAAAAAUUGAAGUGGAACAUGUGAUCAGCAAAAAGCUACAACUGAAAAGGAAAGCAGAGCACUUGAAGAGUGACCUGAUGCAUCAGUUUGACAGUCAGGUUAGUGACUUCAUGGACAGUCUUAUUGAGGAGUCGGCCAGCCUGGAGCCUGCACCUGUACCUGCUGUCUUCUCACCUCCGCUUACAGACAAGGAGAGGAGCAAACUCAGGCUUUUUCUGCCUCCUCAUGGCCUGGGCAAGCAGUUCGUCAGUCGCAGGUCCCUCCUAGAUGAGCUGUUUGAGGUGAACCACAUCAGGACUAUCUACCACAUGUUUAUUGCCCUGCUCAUUCUCUUUAUCCUCAGUACACUGGUGGUAGAUUUCAUUGAUGAAGGCAGACUGGUGCUGGACUUUGACCUGCUGGUCUAUGCAUUUGGACAGUUCCCUUUGGUGGUGUGCACGUGGAUCUGCAUGUUCCUGUCUGCGUUGCUGGUUCCCUACACCCUGUUCCACCUGUGGUCACAGACUCAGCCUGGGUCUUAUAGUCACCCCAGGUUGUACAGUUUGCUGUUUGGCUCUGUAUUCCUGCUCUACCAAGCUCUGGGUCUGGGAUUCCUGCCUACGUAUGUGGUGGUGACCAACAGUUUACCACCUGCAUCCUGCUUCAUCAUCAUCCUGGAACAGGUGCGUCUAAUGAUGAAAGCCCACUCCUUUGUCAGGGAGAAUGUACCAAGAGUCCUGAACUGGGCUAAAGACAAGACCAGCCCCAGCCCAGUGGUCCCUCAGGUUUCUCAGUAUCUCUACUUCCUGUUUGCGCCCACACUCAUUUACAGAGACAAGUACCCCAGAAACCCAGUCAUCAGAUGGAGCUACGUUGCCACAAAGUUACUUCAGGUACUUGGCAGUCUGUUUUAUGCCUAUUACGUGUUUGUGCGGCUGUGCAUCCCUCAGUUUCGCAGCAUUAGUCUGCAGCUGUUUGACCUGAGAGCCAUGGUGCUCUGUGUCUUUAACUCCAUCUUGCCAGGAGUGUUGGUUCUCUUUCUGGCAUUCUUUGCCUUCCUGCACUGUUGGCUUAAUGCUUUUGCCGAGAUGCUCCGCUUUGCUGACAGGAUGUUUUACAAGGAUUGGUGGAAUUCAACCUCUUUUGCCAAUUACUAUCGCACUUGGAAUGUGGUGGUCCAUGACUGGCUGUACUACUAUGUGUACAGGGAUUUGCUGUGGAUAUCUCAGAAGCGUUUCAGACCAGCAGCCAUGCUGUUUGUGUUCACAGUGUCUGCAGUGGUCCACGAGUACAUUCUUGCAAUCUGCUUUGGCUUCUUUUAUCCUGUGCUCUUCUGCCUCUUUAUGUGCUUUGGAAUGAUGUUCAACUUCAUUCUGCAUGACCAAAGGAAAGGUCCCAUCUGGAACAUAAUUAUGUGGACAUCCCUCUUCCUGGGUCAGGGAGUCAUUAUCUGUUUGUACUCCCAGGAGUGGUAUGCCCAGCGCUACUGCCCCCUGAAAGAGUCGUCGUUUCUUGAGCUACUGAAGCCUCGCUCCUGGAACUGUCAGAAGCCUGAUGGCCAACUCUGAUGGAUAGGCUGUGAUUGACGUUUGGACUACUGCAGAGGACCAUCACUGAUCAGUAUAAAUUUGACCAGCCUUUGUCUUACUUUCAUAACUUCUGGUCUUUCAUGUUUGUUUUGUUUUAUUUGAUUGCACUAAGGCAGUGACUGAGUGUGUAUGAAUGUGUGGAAGAGAUUCAAUAAAUAUGUGCCAAAAUGUUAUUUACUCAAACAGCAAAGUCAAAGUGAUGCCUUACUUACGUGUUUUUUACGUUUUUAAAAACAAACCCAACAAAAUUACAGAUUCACAUAAAACCACAUGUGAAUGCUUUUAUUAUUAUGUACUAUUUAUGCAUUGCCAUCACUUUUGCCUUGAUCAGCUGUGAAACCACUCCUUGUGCUAAUGUUAUAGUGGCAAUGAUAUGGCAGCUUAAUACAAACAUAA